AUGGGCCGAGGGGUCAGCAGAGGCGGUGUGUGGGUGGCCCUCGCUGGCGCAGUCACCUUCGGGAGCGUCGGCGCUGCGACAGUGGCAUCACAACGCAAUGCGGCGCUCGGGAACGAUCCGGUGCCGACCGUCCACCUCUGCGUGAUGAGCGAUCGUCUUCAGAUGAUGAGCGCUGCCAUGCAGUCGGCGUACGCCUCAAAGAGUCCACACACAAACCUCCACUGGCACGUGAUCUCCUCAGUCGGACCGGAAAAUGUUCUCGACGCGGUUUCGCGAGCAGGCGUGCCGCCCGGAGACGUGUCGGUGCUACGGCUUUCAGCGGCAGAGGCGUCCCUGGUUGAGCGCGGCGUCGACCCGGUGUGGACGUGGAGCGACUGGCAGGACUGGCUCACCGCGCCGGCCUCCGAGGAGCACAAGUGGAGGACAAACGCGUCGCUGCUUCCUGCUUUCGCGAGCCGGGAGCCAAAGUGGCCGCGCCCUAGAGCUUCCCUCUUAUUGCAACCCAUCCGACGCCAGCCAGCAGCACAAAUCGAGGAGUGGCUAGCACACUCGCACCACGACGAGCCCCGCCUCAGGCACGCGCACCCGCUCAACCUACUCCGCCUCUACCUCGCCGAGCUGCCUGCGCUGCAGCACCUCGACCGCAUCCUGCUGAUCGACGACGACGUUCUGUUCCAGCGCGACCUCGCCUCGCUCUUCGAGACGUCGAUGCCCGACGGCAAGCUGUUGCAGGCGUCGUGCGCGAUGUACAAGGUGAGGCAGGACGAGGACGGCAGCCGAUGGCUCAAGCUCUCCCGCGCAGAGUACACCUACGACCAGACGCCCUUCAUCGGCUCCAUUGGACCGGUUGCGUACUCAGCCUGCAGAGACGGCGCCAUCGACGCCGAGGCGGCGACCGCCGUGGUUGGCCCUUGCGCACCGCGGACCUUGGCGCCGCUGCUAGCAUCCCUCGAUGCCGACAUCAACUCCGGGGCCAAGAGAAUGCCACUGGGCAAGGAGCUGGCGUGGAACUUUGGCGUGGCGCUGCUUCCGCUCGAUCGCUGGCGCGCGCAGGGCCUCACACAGCGAGUGGCGAGUGGUCUCGGUCUGCCCUACCUCAUCUUCAAGGGUUCAGUCGGCUGCUGGGCCGACGACACCGUCCUCGACGGACUCGGCUACGUCGACACCACCGACCUGCACAAGAGUGGCGUCUCGGCUAAGGACAUGAGCGGGAGCGCCCUGAUGAUCGAAUGCAUCGCCAACCUCUGUGACGAGAUCCUCAUCGGCUCUGGAUCCAAGGAAGAAACAAACACCAUCGCAGGAUUCGGCUCCAUCAACCUCGAGACGCCGCUGCUCAACAACCAUCCAGCGGGCACCAAGGUCACAAAGGUUCUGCACGUCCGGGAACCUCCCGCACCCGUCAUCGAGGCAUCGCCGUCGCCGCCGACCGGCGGAUGUGUGUGGACAAACAACCCCGCUGAGAUUUGCAUCUACGAUCCCACCUGCGCGGAAGGCGGGCUCGGCUGCAACGCUGCAGGACACUUUCUGUGGAGAUUCUGCGGCUUUGGACUGUAUCCGCCUUGCCCUGGAGGCCCGCCAUCCGCCCCGGCGCCGCCCUUUCGGCCAGAGAGGAUCGACGACUGCAAGGCGGGCACCUGCACCGCCAACUUUCUGGAGACGUGCUACUUCGACCGCAGCUGCGCCCGGGGCGGCGGUCUCGGCUGCAAUGCGGGCGGGAAGACGGCCUGCCGCUUUUGCGGCUUUGGGGCUUACUCGACCGUGCCGUGCCCCAUGUGCGACGACUCUCCUCUGGGCGAGGCGGGCUGCACGUGCGGGAGCGCGGCCUGCACCGCGGAUGUCCUCACCGCCGACGCUGGUGGCGUCAGCUGCGCUGACCGCAUCAGCUGGCUGCAAAUGGCCGAGCUGGUGGAACAGGAUGCUGCAUGCGCGCAGGUGGCCGGGGAGUUCCCUGCAGCGUGCGGAGCAUGCGCUCCAGCUUCUUGA